AUGAAGCUACUCCUUUGGGCCUGCCUCAUGUGUGUUGCUUUUGCAAAGAGGAGGCGGUAUCCCUUCAUUCAUAAGAAAUCACCCAUGCACAGUGAAGAGGAUUACUUUGGACAUCGCUACCCACUUAAUCCAUCUCUCAAUAUCCCAUACGGCUUAUGGAAUGAUAAUCUGCCACCUUUUCUUUUGCCUCCUGUUGACAAUCACCAAGGAAAUACUAUCACCAAAUUCGCUGGAAAUCCCGAUCUUGACAGAGGGCUAUCUCCAUACCCUUGGAUUCUUACUUCUAAAGUUCACUACAUAUACCCAAACCCUAGUUAUCCCUCGGAUGCUUCGAUGAAUGGUCCCGCAGCAGUAACUGCCCCUAUCCCUCCUCCCCCGCCCCCUCCUUCCAGGCCAUAUCCCUUUAUCAUACCUCCAAAGAUUUCUGUUUCAUCCAUGGCACCUGAGGCUCCAGGAGCCCAGGCAGUACCUGCUGUAGGUGAGGGUCUGGUACCGGAGUUUGCUCCCGUACCAGACAAAGGUAUUUCAGGCCUGCCUACUGCAGCCAAACUUGGACCACAGCCACCACCUCCUGAACCCAAACCUCCGGCAGCAGAGCCUGCUCCAGCCCAGUUUGCUGCAUCUGAACCUGCUCCAGUCCAGUUUGGUGCGCCUGAACCUGUUCCUAUCCCUGAGUCUCCUGCAGGCCACCCCAUAGCACCUGAACCCGCUCCACCCCCAGUUGUGGCUGCAGCCCAGGCUAUAUCAGCUGAAUCCCCUGCAGGCCAGUCUGCUGAAAACAAACCUGUUUCGGGAGAGCCUUCUAUGGUCCAAUCUAUACCACUUGAGCCUGCUCCAAGCCAGUCUGCUGAAGUCAAACCUCCUGGAGCUGACCCUGCUGCAGCCCAACCUCCUCCAGCUGAACCUGUGGCAAGCCAGCCUCUUGCAGGAAAAAUUGUUACAUCUGAGCCUACUGAAGUGAAAUCUGAAGGUGCUGAGCCUGCUGAGCCCAAACCUGGUAGCCAAGAACCGCAGCCUUUCCUUUUUUACCAGGUAGAUAAGUGA